AAACAUUUGAAGCGUUUUAGAAGUGUCAUUGCCGUGGCGAAAAUUAAUUUAAGUUGGCUGUGGAUACGAACAUAGCCUAAAUUUGACUAAAAAAAAUUCAUUCCACUUCAUUUUAUCUCGUUUGCUUAUCAUGAUCGGUUGAAUAAUAUAAUGGCAAUAUUGUCGUCAUUUUUGAUUAAACAGUCCAGUUCAUUAUUUCGAAGCAGAUUUUACAGUUCAAUGACGGAUAGACGUGGUCUCGUUUUGGGUGUUUACACCAGUGAAGGAAAUGAUGAUAUUUCACUGACUCCAUAUGCAAAGAAAUACAAUGAAAGUACAUCUGGAGAGCUACUGAAGCAGAUAAGCAUAUCAUCUACAUCGUUCUCCGAGUCCAACAUCUAAAUCGUAACUGAAUUUAAAUCCAUAAUAAAACAACACACGCCCCACCAAAAACCAAUCGCUAUAAUCUCCACAACGUAUCAUCAUGUCGUCAUCAUUACGUCCAGCGUCGUCAAUAGGUUCCGCUGACGGCACUAAGCCCGAAAGUGGAUCUUCUUCGCUGGCAAAACGUCCCGCCGCCCUGAACGGCAUCAGCUCAACCGUUGACGAUAAAAAUGUCGACUUUUUGUGCCCCAUCUGUUUCGAUUUGAUAAUCGAGGCGCACAUUACCCGAUGUGGUCACACGUUUUGUUAUCAGUGCAUCAACUAUUCGAUCGAUUCGUGUAAACGAUGUCCGAAGUGUAAUGCGCCACUGACAUCAUCCGAUCAAAUAUUCCCGAAUUAUUUGCUGGGUGAAUUGAUCGCAAAAUAUAAAGUGAAGGUUCAACUGCAAGAGCACAUUGGUAAAGCGGGUAGUCAUUCAGCCAGCGAUGGAUUGAAACAAUUUUUGACCAACGAAUCGGAGAAACUAACUUUACCGGAUGUGAAUGUUAUGCUCGACAUAUUGACGCAACGUAAAGAGCGAUUAGAGUCCGAAUCGAAUACAGCCCAGAACAAACUAUUGUUUGAAUUUUUGAAACAUUUGUUACGACAAAAAGAGGAACAAAAGGCUCAGAUUACGAAAGAAAUAAAAUUGGUUCGUGGUGACCUAAGCGAAGUGCAACAAUUACUCAAAACUGAACACAGUGACGAUAUUCCAAUGAAUCAAGAAAUUGCUCAAAUGCUGGACAGCAUGGAAACGAAAAAUGCGCUGAGUAGUGAGGAUGGCUUCAAUUCAUUAAUAUGUGAAUCGAUGUCAGCCAACUUUGUAUCGCGUAAACGACGAAUGCAUGCGCACUUUGAGGAUUUUGUUAAAUCAUACUUUUCGGUACGUACUCGCGAAUUGUAUGUGGCCACCACCGAUGACCAACAACCACCGACUCAUCAAGACGAUGGCGCAGCGAAGGCCGUCGCGAAUCCCGGACUGGAUGAGUUUCGGGACAACUUAGUGAAAUUUUCCAAAUACAAUACCCUGCGACCAUUAGCCACGAUGCAUUACUCGAAUGACUUGCACAAUAAUUCGACAAUUGUGUCCACCAUAGUGUUCGACAAAGACAAUGAAUAUUUUGCCAUUGGCGGUGUAACGAAACGAAUCAAAAUUUUCGACUACCUAGCAGUUAUCAGAGACACAGUGGAUAUUCACUAUCCUGUCGUGGAGAUGAUAUCGAAUAGUAAAAUAUCGUGCAUCACCUGGAAUUCCUACCAUAAAAACAUACUGGCGUCUAGUGAUUAUGAAGGUGCUGUAAGCAUAUGGGACGUACAGACUGGUAGCCGAACAAAAACGUUUCACGAACACGAAAAACGUUGCUGGAGUGUGGAUUUUAAUGAUGUUUCCUGCCAUCUGAUCGCAUCCGGAUCGGACGAUGCACGCGUUAAACUCUGGUCAAUAAACGAGGAAAACUCCAUAGCCACGCUGGAAGCGAAGGCGAACGUGUGUUGCGUGAAAUUCAAUCCAAAAAGCUCGUGCCACCUAGCCUUCGGAUCCGCCGAUCACGAUGUACAUUAUUACGAUUUGAGGAACAUGAACAAAGCACUGUGUAUUUUCAAGGGGCAUCGGAAAGCCGUUUCUUAUGUUAAAUUUCUGAACACAGAAGAGAUUAUAUCAGCCAGCACCGACAGUCAACUGAAAUUGUGGAACGUCAAUAAACCACCGUAUUCGCUGCGAUCGUUUGUCGGACAUGUGAAUGAGAAAAAUUUCGUUGGAUUAGCGACGGACGGAGAUUACGUAGCGUGUGGCAGUGAGGACAAUUCGUUGUACAUUUACUACAAAGGGCUGUCGAAGCAAUUAUUCAAUUACAAAAUCGACGGUGAUAAGUUAACCGAUUCGGAACGGUCGAACGAUUUAAACGAAUUUGUGUCGGCCGUUUGUUGGCGCAAAAACUGCAAUGUCGUGUUGGCCGCAAACAGCCGAGGGCUCAUAAAAGUGCUUGAAUUGGUUUGAUUUUAUUGAGCUGGAGAAACUUUGUGUUUUAUCCAAUUCGAAAACUUUAUUGACGAAAAAAGACUCACAGAAAAACUGUUUUUUUAGAGAUACAGAAAGAGAGCAAUAGUGUUGUGUAGGUUAUACUAGCAUGUAGUAUCAGUUCUUAAUUUUUCAUUAUUAUUUUUUGUUUAACUUUUACUGUUAAAUUGAACAUACAAAUUAAAAGACUUUAGUAAAUGUUAAAUACAUCAAGGGUGCUGAAACGAAAAAUUUAUUCGAUGUUUUAACUGUGAAUCAAUUAGAAAAA